AUGUCAAAGGUGUUGUUGAACUCUACAUUCAUAUAUAUGUCAUCAAAUGAUCUGAAAGGUGGCCUGCCUCAACUAUCAUCCAACGUGGCCUUUCUUGAUAUAUCAAACAACUCAUUAUCAGGAACCAUUUCUCCUCUUUUGUGUGAUCACAAGAUGCUGAAUGGGAAAAACAAUUUGGAAUACUUGGACAUAUCCCUGAAUCAUCUAUCUGGAGGGCUUACAAAUUGCUGGAAGAAUUGGAAAUCAUUGGUUCAUGUUAACUUCGGAAGCAAUAAUCUAACAGGCAAGAUACCUACAUCAAUGAGCUUGUUAUCUAAUCUUACCUCCUUACAUCUACAUGAGAAUAAGCUCUAUGGAGACAUUCCUCUCGCGCUGCAAAAUUGCCACUCUCUAUUGAUCUUUAAUGUUCGUGAGAACAACUUUUCAGGAAAUAUACCAAACUGGAUACCACAUGGUGCAAAGGCUCUCCAAUUAAGAUCCAAUCAUUUUAGUGGUGUGAUCCCAACACAGAUAUGCCAAAUGUCAUCCCUCAUUAUUUUGGAUGUUGCAGAUAACACAAUCUCAGGACAUAUACCCAGCUGCCUACAUAAUAUCACAGCCUUAGUUUUCAACAAUGCUUCCUACAACAAGCUUACUUUUUUCUUUCCUAUAGAUGGUUUCAGUUACUAUAUCUUCGAAGACAGUCUUGAGCUGGUCACAAAAGGUCAAACAAUAGACUAUGGAAUGAACCUGCACUUUGUGAGCUUAAUUGAUAUGUCAAGUAACAAUUUGUCGGGAAUAAUACCUCCCCAAAUGUUCAGCCUCAUUGGAUUGUACUCCUUGAACUUUUCCCACAACAAAUUAACAGGACAAAUACCAAAUGAGAUUGGCAACAUGAAAAACUUGGAGUCCCUUGAUUUUUCAACAAACCAACUUCGGGGUGAAAUUCCUCAAGGCCUUUCCAAUUUGUCCUUUCUUGCUUCCUUAAACCUGUCAUUUAACAAUUUCACAGGCAAAAUACCAUCAGGCACACAGCUUCAAGGGUUCGGUGCACUCAGCUAUAUAGGCAAUCGCAAUCUUUGCGGACCUCCACUUACAAAAUUUUGCUUGCAGGUUAGUGAACCUAAAGACACAAAGGCCAUAGAUGAAGAUGGGGAUGAAUCUGCAUUUUGGUCAUGGUUUUACAUUGGAAUAGGAUCUGGAUUUGGCACCGGCUUUUUGGGAGUUUCCUAUAAGUUUCUUUAUGACUUGAGAGGCUGA